UUGUGUUCACAAGAAUGGCAAACCUCGCUGCAGAAGCACGCUGGUCUUGCUUUCAUUGAACUGGUUAAUGAGGGUCGACUAAUGGCACACGCAACACGUGAUCACGUGCUGAGAGUUGCGAAUGAAGCAGAUUUCAUUUUGAAUCGUUUGCGAGCUGAGGAUGUGACUAAACACGCUCAGUUUGAGGUUCACGAGUUUAAUCCUCUGUUACAAUGUUCAUGA